AUGUCUGUGUGCUGCUGUCAAAUACAGCUGAGGAAAAGGAUUACACCAAUAUCCUGGCUUUCCUGGGUUCUGUGGUGCAGUGUGAUGCUGUCUCCUGCUUGGGGUUAUGUGAUAGUCAACUCGGUUUCGUGGUCAGUUACCAAUGAGGUGGAGGAAGAACUGGAUAGCUCCUCAAACGAGGAGGCUCUCCCUGCGCUUCUGGAAGACACGACUAGCAUCUGGAAGCAGAGCUAUCCAGCCUCUGUUUACAAAGAAGAUGGGGAAAUGAGGUCAAGGCCAGUGGCUGGGAGAUCCAAGCAAAUCUCUUCUCCUUCUAGGAUGUUUUCCUACAGGAGAGAGAGUGUCAAAGGGACAGACAGCAUUACUCCUCAGGAGCAGGCAAUCAGAACUGCCCGUUUCCUGACCCAUUAUAACAGCUGGGGCUUCUUGGCUACCGAGUCCACCCAGGAAAAGAUCCAAGGUGUACCAUUUGGGAAUUGUUUACUAGUCAGUGAUGGGCCCAUCAAUAACAGCACUGGAAUACCUUUCUUUUAUGUGACCUCAAAGGACAACACGGUGACAGAUCUCAUGAAGAACUCUGUGGCUUCUCUGACAUUGCCAGAGGCAGAAGGAGAUUUCUGCAGAAAAAAUAUAAUUGAUCCUGAGGAUCCAAGGUGUGCCAGACUGACUCUCACAGGACAGAUGGUCAUGGUACCACCAGAGGAAAUGGAAUUUGCCAAACAAGCAAUGUUUUCUAGGCACCCAGUUAUGAGGAAGUGGCCUCGUAACUACGAAUGGUUCUUUAUGAAAAUGAACAUUGAGCAUAUCUGGCUUCAGAACUGGUAUGGAGGAGUUUCCACCAUUGCAGUGGAAGAGUAUUUCAAAGCAGUUCCAAGUAAAGAGUGA